UUUUAGCGUAUAAAUGUCAAAUUCUAAGAUGGAAAUAGUAUACAGAGAAAUCUGUAUGCUCUGUUUGGUUGAAAUAAAAAUCGAAAAAACGAUAUUUUCAAUGGCUUCUCGAGUCGCCUUCUUUGUCAUAGGACUUUCGUUAAUUUUUUUCCAUGCGGAUGCCGAUGCCUCAAGCAAGGCUAAGUUUAGCUACUCGGACGAAACCGGCCCUGCGUUGUGGGGAGGCAUGAGCGGCGACUACGAUACGUGCAAGACCGGGAAAUCGCAGUCUCCGAUAGACAUUGUGACGGACAAGGCUGUUCUUAAUAAGAAGCUGAAACCGCUGAAGAGAGAGUAUACUCCUACAAACGCUACUUUGAUCAACCACGGCUACAGUCUUGAGAUGAAAUUUACAAAUGCUGGACCAUUGAUCCUGGAUGGUAAAAACUACACCUUGUCUCAAAUGCACUGGCAUGCUCCCUCAGAACACACAAUCAACGGUGCCUCGUACGAUGCAGAGCUUCAUCUUGUCCAUCAGGCUAGCGAUGGCAGCCUCGCAGUUAUAGCCAUCCUCUACAAAACUGGUGGUGCUGAUCCAAUUCUUGCCAAGGUACAAAGCAAAUUAGAUGAGCUAGCCAAGGAGAAAUGUGGCGAUGAUGAAGAAUCUCAGAUCGCCGUCGGGACCUUUGAUGCGUGGAAGCUGAGGCGAAACACGCGCAAGUAUUACCGAUACGUCGGUUCUCUCACCACGCCUCCGUGCUCCGAGAAUGUCAUCUUUCACGUCUUCCCUAAGGCGAGGUCGAUAUCGAAGGCGCAAGUUGAGGCUUUGAAAGCUCCCCUGCAGUCGACAUCCAAGAGCAACAACAGGCCAGUGCAACCCUUGAACGGGCGAACGGUUGAGCUGUUCGACGAGCUCGGCUAGAAAGCAAUGCGAUUUAUACGUCUUCGAGCGAAGUCGUGACCGUAAAAAUGAGCUAUACAAGCAGAAAUUAACAUAAUUGUUCAAUUUAUUUUCGUUGUAUGUAAUGUGGUGAUCAAUUUAUCAUUCUGGAAAUACUCUGAAAUUCCUCUCCUUUACUAUACAAAAAUGUAAAAGAGAAUGAGGUGAUAUUGCAAACGAUUUCAUCAAAGUUAAGAGUGAUGAUUGAACUAUAAUUAUUUACUUGUGGCCGCAAAUAAUUACAAGGGUUAAA